GUUUACUUAAAGUAGGUGUGUCCCCCUGACCUGGCAGUGAUCAUCACUCCGCGACUCUGUCACUCGUCGAGUCUUGAUCUUGACCCGCGCUGUCCUGUGUUGCUUGUCUCGGCCUAUCUGUUUCUCCCUAGCGAGUGCGUUCCUUGCAACUACCAGCCAGCGACACACUGAGCAGUGCUAAAUAAUCUCUCUGCAGACUUUGCACCGACACUCGCAGGCUUGAAUUCUCCCAGUUGUGCAGCAGCUUAGUCAAACGGUUCUACGGAAGACUCCACCAAUCCAGUAGACGAACGCAGCCCUGUCUUGGUCUCGUCCGCACUGCAAACCUGCUAGACGCUACACUCCGACCACACCAACACCACCUUUGCCUCUCCGGAUUCCCUCCUACUCGCGCCUGUCGCAGAACCUAUACGACUAUAAUCCACCAUGGCUGAAUUUGUGCGCGCCCAGAUCUUCGGCACGACGUUCGAGAUCACAAGCAGAUACACUGAUCUGCAACCUGUGGGCAUGGGAGCCUUCGGUCUCGUCUGCUCGGCGAAGGAUCAACUCACCAGCCAGGCCGUGGCGAUCAAGAAGAUCAUGAAGCCCUUCAGCACCCCGGUCCUCUCGAAGCGCACUUACCGCGAGUUGAAGCUGCUCAAGCACCUGAGGCACGAGAACAUUAUCAGUUUGAGCGAUAUCUUCAUCUCCCCAUUGGAAGACAUCUACUUCGUCACCGAGCUCCUCGGAACCGAUCUUCACCGCCUGCUCACCUCCAGGCCGCUGGAGAAGCAGUUCAUCCAAUACUUCCUUUACCAGAUCCUGCGUGGAUUGAAAUAUGUCCACUCCGCUGGUGUCGUCCACCGUGACUUGAAGCCCAGCAACAUCCUCGUAAACGAGAACUGCGAUCUGAAAAUCUGCGAUUUCGGCUUGGCCCGUAUACAAGACCCUCAGAUGACCGGAUACGUUUCGACCCGCUACUACCGCGCACCAGAGAUCAUGCUUACAUGGCAAAAAUACGACGUUGAAGUCGACAUCUGGAGUGCGGGCUGCAUCUUCGCUGAAAUGCUUGAGGGCAAGCCUUUGUUCCCAGGAAAGGACCACGUCAAUCAGUUCUCAAUCAUUACAGAACUCCUGGGUACUCCUCCGGAUGAUGUUAUCCAGACUAUCUGCAGUGAGAACACACUGCGAUUUGUACAGUCCCUGCCCAAGCGCGAGCGCCAGCCUUUGGCCAACAAGUUCAGGAAUGCUGAAGCAGAGGCCAUUGACCUGCUCGAAAGCAUGCUGGUCUUCGAUCCCAGGAAACGUGUCAAGGCAACAGAGGCUCUUGCUCACCCAUAUCUUGCCCCCUACCACGACCCCACCGAUGAGCCGAGCGCAGACGAGAAGUUUGAUUGGUCGUUCAACGACGCUGACCUCCCCGUUGACACAUGGAAGAUUAUGAUGUACUCGGAGAUUCUCGAUUAUCACAACGUUGAUGCCGCUGCACAGGAAGAGCAGAACGACAGCUGAGAUACCCAAGAGACUUGAAAGCGGGACCUACACCGUGCUUGUAUAGCAUGAUCCACUUCUUUGAGAAGAAGGCUGCUUCGUUCAAAAUUGGUGUCGCGACCUGCCUCCCACCGGCGGAUCGUUGUCCUUUCUCUUUAUAUUCUUCAUUCCAUGAGGUCUUUGCAACUACAAGCGCGGUAGAAGGAGAAGUAAUUGGUGUUCCUGGAUUCAAGUAUCAUGUACAGGCGUGGUGAUGGGGAUGAAUGAUUGGUCAUGGUGAAGUAACGAGUAGUAGCAGGAAGGCAUUUUCUCGGGCUCGAUGUCCUUCCUCCUCUCAUGUUCGAUCUCGGAGAGUAGAAGAAUAACUUACGACUUUAAAUACCCCA